UCUAGCGAGCGUCCCGGCCUUUCUUCUGUCUCUUCUCCCUCGUUUCCGCGUCGGAGAUCUUCUCUCUCUCAGUCUCGGUCUCAGUCUGACGACGUAUCAUCCCCGUAAAAAAUAAAAAUUCGUCAAUCCCUCGCCCCAAAUCUCUACUCCGGCUUCAAAGAAUCACGCCCACUAAUUGGUUCCGCCAUUUGAGAUCUUCACAUCUCCUCAUCCAUACUCCCUGACCUCCCUCCUCACUUCCAGUCCAGGUUCUCAACUUCUGUCUGUUUCCUUCUCUUGUCUCCUUUGCUUGAAAUCUGGAUGGGAAAUUUCUAGCUUUCUUUCAGGGAAUGGGUUCCUUUUCAUGGUUCCAUGAUUGCCCAUUUCUGUGCUGCAUUUCUAUUGUGAAAUUUCGGUCCUUUCUUGGCGGGAUCUGAUUGUUACCGUGAGCUUUACACCACCAUAAUGUCGUAAUAUUGAAGUAAUCCUUUCUUGGCUGGAUCUGAUUGUUAGCGUGAGCUUCGCAUUAUCAUAAUGUCGUACUAGUAAAUGGCUUAGCGAUUAUCAAGUUGGUUUUAUCUGGCUGCCAAAAGGCUUCUUCCUGUUCCCUUUUGCUCAUCUUUCUUAACUCGCUUCAGAAAUUUACUGUGGAUAGGAAGGAAGGCAUGGCUGCAAGGAAGCCUGGGUUGAUUGCUCUGUUCGACGUUGAUGGGACUCUCACUGCUCCAAGAAAGGAGGUUACUCCAAAGAUGUUCAAGUUUAUGCAAGAACUCCGAAAGGUAGUUACAGUUGGGGUGGUUGGUGGAUCCGAUCUCAGUAAGAUAUCAGAGCAGCUCGGAAAGACAGUCAUCACCGAUUAUGAUUAUGUCUUCUCCGAGAAUGGCCUUGUAGCUCAUAAAGCUGGAGAUCUCAUUGGCACCCAGAGCUUGAAGUCAUUUCUUGGAGAUGGACAGCUCAAGGAGUUCAUAAAUUUCACAUUGCAUUACAUUGCCGACUUGGAUAUCCCCAUAAAACGGGGAACUUUUAUAGAGUUCAGAAGCGGUAUGCUGAAUGUAUCUCCGAUUGGGCGAAACUGCAGCCAAGAGGAAAGGGACGACUUUGAAAAAUAUGACAAGGUUCAGAAUAUACGCCCAAAGAUGGUAUCGGUGCUGCGUGAGAAAUUCGCUCACCUUAACUUGACAUUUUCUAUAGGAGGGCAAAUAAGCUUUGAUGUUUUCCCCCAAGGCUGGGACAAGACAUACUGCUUGAGGUAUCUUGAUGAGUUUUCUGAAAUCCACUUCUUCGGUGACAAAACUUACAAGGGAGGAAACGAUCAUGAAAUAUAUGAAUCAGAACGGACCGUGGGACACACUGUGACCAGUCCUGAUGAUACAAUGGAGAAAUGUCGAGCUCUGUUCCUUGAUGGCCAGUGAUCUUUUGAUCUUAACGAAACUGCUGCCUCUUUGAGUCAUUUGUUGUGCCUUAAAAGUGUACUCUCAUUUUGUAUUCUUAAUACAAUAUACAAACCAGAAUAAGUAGAGUCCAGCUUGAGUGGUUGCUGGCGUCGAAGAGGAUAUUUGGAGAUCAUUUUGUGAUUCAGGAGUGGCGCCGCGGCGGCAUGUAAGUUGUAAAAUGUAAUUCUUAACCGAUUAUCUGAUUGAGAAACCAUGAGACAUAUAUAUUAUUAUUACAAGCUGCAGAAUUGAAUCGCUGUUAUAUGUAUCAACUGUAGAUCUGCACUUCUGUUGUCCAUUUCUUCUGACAAUUCAAGAGCCUAAGAUGCCCAAUCGGUUUACAAGGACUGAUAACAAGUAGUGACACCAUCAUAUAGAUGCAUAGGUACAACCCCUAAUUCAGCUUGAGAAUUCGAAUCGAAAAAUAAGAGUAAACUAAGAAGUAAGAACCCGCUGUGUUAAUCAGUAACUGGACAAGUUAAGGAAGUCUAAGAAUGAAGUUUAUAUCAUUCG